CUGACUGACGGGGAAUCCCAGAGAAAGUAAUUAACGAGUUCAAUUCUCUAUCCGCAUUCGAAUAGAGCAAUUAAUGUGCAACAACAAUCAACUUUUCCAGUAUUCAAUGCUUACGUGGGUCUUCCCCUUCCUCCCACGCGAGCUUCUACAUUCUAAAGAGUUCUAGUCUCAAUAACUCGAAGCAUAUAUUGUGUUAACAGCUGUAGUGUCAAGUGAUUGUCAAACGAAUUUCAACUCAUUUGCAACUCGAACUUGUUUAUUAUUUCAGUGAACGAAGAAUUUGCUGUAAGAAAUGCAGACUGAAGAAAGAAUGGAUUCAACAUUAACACACCGGAAAACUGAAAGAGAGAAAACUACAAAGGAUGAUGAGGAUAAAGAUUCUGAUGUUAAUUCUUCGGAAAAUAAAGUAGAAGACGAAAAAUCAGAAACUCAAGUAGUAGCGGAAGUGACUGACCCACCUAAACUUCGACUUCAAGAAGAUUUCACAACAUGGGGAACUGUAAAAUAUAGAUUUUAUUUAUUCAGAUACUAUCACUAUUACUACGCCGAUAAAUUAGAUAAAUAUUUAGCAGCCGGUUGUCUAUGGAUAAUGCGAAUCUAUUUCCGAUUUAUUGGCCUUGUCGAAGACGCCGAAACACGAAACGAGGAAUAGUUUUUUAAUUUUAUUUAAUUUUUUAAAUUAACUUAAAUUUGACUAUUCUUGAUAAAAAGAACUUGCCAUAUUAAAUUAUUACUUGAAAGAGAAAAAAAUUAAUCCAAUACACUUGAAAAUAUUCUUUCCUCUGAAAAAUGCUUAACAUUUUUCUCAUAGGGAAGAAAAUUUUCAAGAAAGGGAUUUAUUUAUGAAUGAUAUCUAACUUUGACUUGUACAAUAUCGAGAAUAUUUCUUCGCUAUCGUGAGUAAUGUAUGUUUCAAAACGUAAUCUUCUUUUUUUUCGUCGUUGUGAAUUUUAGCUACAGAUUUUUCUUUUUUUUUUGUGGGAGUAUUAAAGACGUGACCUACUUUUUUUUUUAACAAGUACGCCUUAAAGUUGGUGCAAAACGUUCAAAGAAGGUUACUAAGAAAUUCAAAGAACUUUGCGUAUUCAGCCGAGCAAGAGAAGUUGUGCGAAUAGUUGCUUGCUACAAGUACUGUUUACUACCAUUUAUAAAAAGUGAAAAAUAUGGAAAAGAUGGAUUCUGUAUUGUAAAUUCAAUCUUUCUUUACACACAAUUCAAUCAAAUUCGCCGAACCAAACAUCCAAUUUAAGAAAUCCUCCAAGCUGACUUAAAGUUCAAUUCCAAUAAAGAAUUUCUGUUUACAGAAAGUGGAAUUUCCAAUAGAAUAUUUUUAUCUCUCAUAAAUACUUUUUUCUCCCCUAUAUACGUGUAUACAAGACGUUAUUCACGUCAAAAUUAAUAAAAUAUUUAUAGCUCUGUAUAAAUGUUGAUAAUAAAUACGUCUAUUCUAUUCAA